AGGAAUAAGUGCCUGAGUGGUGCUGUUAGGGUGGGGCGGAGGUGUCUUUGGCCACAUCCAGAAACCCGCUUCAUUCUUCAGGCUCUUUUCUCUUCCUCUUUUCUUAAAACCCGGGCCUUUAUGACUCCAUGAAAACUGUAUUCUGUACUGAUUCCAGAGACUUCCAAGGAGUGAGCUGCCUCUCCAUUACCUCCCUGUGUGCCACAUAAGCCCUAUAUAAUCAGAGGGCUUGAAUGAAAGGCUGCCAUUCACUCCUGAAGCACCGUCAAAUACUAAUUGAACACCUCUGGGUGAGGCUCACCUAUGAACACCCACCCCACUCUAAGCUCUCAUAAGCAUGCUCGCUCAGCCACGUUCUCUGGUGUCCUAGCAACCAGAGACUCUGAUCUGAGCUCUGACAAGGACAGAGGCCAUUCCUUGCUGACUGUUAUGACUUGCCCCCCUGAGCCUCUUGGGACCUGUCUGUGCAGCAGUUCAGAUCAUUGAAAGUCACCACUCGUUCCCAAGGACACCCAGAAGCCUUGCCACAUCGACCCAUCCCUUGGCAGGAUGAGCUUCUCGGUCACGUUCGCCGAGCUGGCCAACAUAGCCAUACCACAGUGUGGGGUGGUGAACUUCAAGGCCCUUCAUCUCCUGAUCCAGGGCAUCCUGGAUCACAUCCAAAUCGGUGGGCUCAAGAAAGUUCUUUCAGGGGAAGAAGAUUUCCUUCAGACCUCACAGGUGGUGCUCAUGCCCAGGGAAGGAGAAGCCCAGCCCAUCAUCAACCCCAUGAGGAGGCUCAGCAAUGUCUUCGACAAUGUGGUGGAGCGUCUCCAAAAGUUAGAGAGUCAGGUGACUGUGAUAAGGUCCAUGCCCUCUACUACGCAGCUGCUAGAGGCCAGCGAAGGGGCCAAGCGGCCCGCCGAGGAAAUGUGGAAUAUGAUCAAGAUCCUGAAGAGAGUGGAGGGCAAUGAGGAAGCCAUAGCAAAGUUUAUGAAGACUUUGCAGGACUUGCUCACUGACCUUCAUGCACUCAAGAACACUGUUGAGACCCUCCAGAAGGACGUGGACCUGAUGAAGUAUAUAUUUGGAAAGGUAAACCCAGAAAGAAUGGAGCUUGUUUGUGAAGACUUGAAAAUACAGAACCGGAAGUUGGGUGCCCUGCAGCGGGAAGUGAUUACCCUCCAGGACAGGCUUCGCUCUGUCCCCCAAUCUGAGGACAUGGUGCUCUGGAGUGGCCUCCAUGAGGCCAUGUUCACUCAGGCACCUUCUAAGCCGGAACUGGAUAUGUCCAACGCAUGGCAGAGCUUGUCCUCCAUUCCAGAGACUGCCUUGGAACACAGUGCCAUCCCUUUUCAGACAGUAGUGCAUUUUGAAGCUGCAAGAGCCCUUGAGGAGGAGGAGCUCGCUCAGGCCCUUGAGUUUAGAGGCCCUCAGGGGCCAGAGCAGGCUCAGGCCUCCAUGUCUCAGUUUGUCACCGGGUCUGCAUUUGGGCCUGGGAAUGUACCAGGACCUAGUGGGAGGCCUGGUUUCAUCCAAGCCCCUUGGUCUAGACCUGGACUGGCUGCCCCAGGUGCAUGGCCCUUACCACCAAGAGGCUUGCCUGGGGCUAACGCUUGGCCUAUGGGUACCUUCCAGCCUAGUCUAGGUCCAUUUGGCCCUCCAGGCCAGAUGUACAGGGCUCCUUUCCCAGCCAUGGAAGUUGGAUCAUCAUGGCCUCAGCCACUGCCACAACACCAAGGUCCUAGAGCAGGAGCCCAGCGGCUUUCAGAUCUUCAAGAAAUUGACUAUCAAUAUGAGUACAUUGAGGAGUCUCAGGAAGAGAUCCCUAAGGAUGGGGCUCCCCAGGAUGGGAUACCCAAGGAAGAGGCUCCCCAGGAGGAGAUUCCCAAGGAAGAGGCUCCCCAGGAUGGGAUUCCCAAGAAAGAGGCUCCCCAGGAUGGGAUUCCCAAGAAAGAGGCUCCCCAGGAUGGGAUUCCCAAGAAAGAGGCUCCCCAGGAUGGGAUUCCCAAGGAAGAGGCUCCCCAGGAUGGGAUUCCCAAGGAAGAGGCUCCCCAGGAUGGGAUUCCCAAGGAAGAGGCUCCCCAGGAGGAGAUUCCCAAGGAAGGGGCUCCCCAGGAGAGGAUUCCCAAGGAGAGGAUGCCUCAGCGUAGAGCCCCCAAGGACAGAGCUCUCAAGCACAGAGCCUCUAAAGAUGUGGCUCCCCAAGACAGAGCUCCCAAGGAGAUGGUCCACAAAGAUAAGGCCGGGAAGGACAAGACCGCAGCAGCACACACGAAGGACUCAUUAAACAUUAAGAAGCUGAGAUCCGCUGUUGCCGUAGCUGUAGCAACUGCUGCAGCUUAUGCAGCUGCAGCAAACACAGCUGCCCAGGCAGCCAAAGUGGCUGCCAAGGCAGUCAAAGAUGUUCCCGCAACCAAAAUGGCUUCUUUAGCCUCAACCGUGGCAGCAGCAGGGCCUUUAGGGGCCUUUGCAGAUUCCCUGGGGGCAGGACUUAGCCGUGGGGCCACCAGCUUCCUUCCCUUCAGUGAUGAUGAGCUGGAAUACUUACCUGAAGACUUCACACCAGCCAUUCAACCCACCAGAACCAAAUCAGUCCUGUCCCAGGCCAUGAUAAGCGCCAUGCAGGCUGUGAGUCCUGAAGAGAAGAAGAAGGCUGUCCAGUACUCCAUGAGCCAUAUAGCCCAGAUUCCUAUCAGGCAUGACUCCCUGAAAGAAGAGGUUGCCCAUCUGUCAACCAACCUGAACCAGCGCCUAAAUUACCUAGCUAACAUGGGAAGCUCUGGAAAGCUUGGUAAUGUAGUGAAUGUCCUGGAGGAAAAGAUUUGUAACCUCCAGAAAGCCAGGCUACAGGAAGAAGAACUUGAGAGAGUUUGGGGCCACAAGAUAGAUAAAAUGAAGAGUAACUACGUGGUGCUGGACAGGAUAGUGGAAAAGCUGCAGAUUCGCAUGGAUGACUUCAAGACCCUCAAGGACGAAAUCCACAGGCUGGAUCUGAUUAAAGCAGAUAAAACCAUAAUGGAUCAGGAGCUGAAAGAAAAAGCUGACAAGGAUGCCUUAGCAAGCAAGGCGAGCCGAACGGACCUGGAGGUGGUGGCGAUGGAGCUGAACGAGAUGGUCCAGAGCAUGCUCUUGAAAAUCUCCACCCAGGAGAGUGACUGGAAGAAGUCACUGAAGCACCUCAGGAAGGACCUGAACACCAAGCUGGUUCACAGUGAUCUGAAUAGCUUGAAGAGGGACGUAGAAGAGGUCUGGAAAGUAGUUCGGAAGCUUCUGAUAGAAGGCCUGCGAUUCGACCCAGACAGUGCUGCAGGCUUUAAGAAGAAACUGUUCGAGCGUGUGAAGUGCAUCUCCUGUGAGCGGCCUGUAGAGAUGAUGACCGGCCCACACCUGAUCACCAUCCGCAACACCCGUGGGCUGUCACAAAUGAGGCCAGCCAGUGCCAACAGCUUCGAGUAUCUGCAGAGGCAGCUGAUGAGGGAACAGCAGCAGCAGCAGCUGCAUUUCCGGAACUUUGGAGUCCAGGAAGAGGGUCUGGGCUCCCAGAAGGACUGGGGUGAUGGACCCCGAAAUGAGACUACCUUCAAGCACAAGUCACAUGACCUGUCAACACUCUACCCUUAUGGUGACCCUGUACUGAUGGACUAUGACACUGCCGAGGUGGACAUCCUGGGAGUGGAUGGGGUUCUGUACAAAGGCCGAAUGAACAGCCAGACUGGGACUCGGAUUGGGGAGAAGGACCUGGCAGCUGUGAAGGUUUCGUAUGCCCCAGUUCAAAACAUGGGUGAUCGUGUGCGCACCGGAUCCUUACUUGCUCCAGGCUACCCCCCCUUGGGCCCCCGCAGCAACAUCAUCAGCUCUGCCACCUCUCCACAUUCUGCCGCAACAGUGGCUCAGCCGCCAUCCCUGCCACCGGUGCCACAGCUGCCGCCACUGAUCCCACUCUCAAAGGAUCUGCAGGAGGCCUCUGGAUCCGCCAGGCACUUGAAAUAGCUGCGGCUGGAGUCCCUAGCGAGCACACAGGUUGCGGAGGAGCACACCAACGCCCCGUAAGACACAAGCCUGUGACCCAACCACCAUGGGGUCCCCUUCACUCUAAAGAAAAGACCUGGGACCCUGGAUCAGACCCAAUAAAGGGUGCAGGGAUCCUGGAUAUAGGGGGAAGAGUCUGCAUAGGGGACCCAUGUUGACUCAGUGUUUAACUAUGUAUCUAAAAUACAAACCACACAAUCCUUGGCCAACAAUUUCAUGAAUAACACAGCUUUUGAGUGAAGUUUU